UAUGGCAAAAGAACAGAGUGUGUUAUCGAAAAAAAUUAUUUCCUGUUUAUAAAAGAUUUGAUGUUUGGGUAAAAAGUUUAACCAUGAUCACAUUAUCAAAGAAGAUACGCGAAGAAAAAGAUAAGAAAAAGGAGAAGACAUCAAAACUUCGCUCCGUACGAGAUAUUUUGUUGACAAAAGGAUUUGUUAAACAAGUGUUUGUGGUUUGUAUUUCAGAGGUGCCAGAAAUGAUGGAAAAUUUACCAGAUACCUGUCAAGUAGAUUUUAAAGAUCAUGAUAUUUUAAAAGAAUUUGAUUUGACAAUUAAACCAGAGGAGGGAUUCUGGUCAGGUGGGACAUUCCACUUUCACAUCAGUGUUCCAGAUGAGUAUAACAUAAAACCACCACUAGCCAGCUGUUCAACACGAAUAUGGCACCCAAAUAUAAAUGAACGAGGUCAAAUAUGCUUAAGUUUGUUAAGAGAACACACAAUAGAUGGAUCAGGUUGGGCUCCUACAAGGAAGCUAAAGGAUCUAAUUUGGGGAAUCAAUUCUCUAUUCACAGAUUUACUAGAUUUUGAUGAUGCAUUAAACACAGAAGCUGCUGACCAGUAUAGAAACAGUCAGGCGAGAUUUACGGAAAAAGUCAAAUACUUUAUUCAGAACUACGCCUCGUGACGAUGGACAAUGACAAUCUUAGUUCCUACUCUUGCAAAUUUUUAUAAUUAAAUAGAUAUAAAAAUUGUAUUAUAGCUUAAAAUUAUUUACAUACCUGAGGAAAAUUUUUGCCAUUUACCGUCCAAGAAAUAUCUUUGAACUAUAAGAACAAAAAAGUUAUACAAAUCUACAUAAAGAAAUUGCAUCGUUGUUCACAGUUUACUUGUGAAGAACUUUAUCGCCGUCUUUGCCUUGGGAAAUUUCCUGAAUGACAAGAUCAAGGCAGAACAUAAAUUGUUAUAAAGUGAAAUACUAUUAUUUGUACUGCAUGUAAAUAUUCUAAAAGACCAUAAAGUUAUGUGUUGGGAUAUUUUGUAUUUGUUGUUGUAAUAAAAAGUCAUACCUUGUAUGAAUUCC